AUGUCUACACACUCUGAAAUUGUUGUUCCUUCUCCUGACCCUAUUCUUGUCCUGCCAAAGUCCGCCAUUCUCGGGCCACGGCCGCCGCCGACAUUGGGCCCUCAACAACCGUUUGCUCUCUACGUCAAACUCCCUCUAGAGUUCUUCCAAGCGCUUCGCGAAGGUAACAAGAGUGUCACGUUAAACGUUAAAGAUCCAGAAUCAUUGAGCCUGGAUAUUGACUCAUCUAUUUAUAACAUUGAUAUUCUCACUCAGCCGACAGCAAUCAACCUCUACAAGACCUCGAGCUCGACCUCUGAAAUCAACGACCCCUCAGCAUCCCCAAUCGAGUAUACAAAUGUUGGCAAAAUCACCAACCGGCUUAUGGUCCGCGGGGUCGACACGGCCGCAACAUUGGCCAUCAAGUCGCAAACUGAACAAAUUCGUAAGGAAAUAGAGGCCAACCGCACGACCCUCAUUCCAAUUUCUGGCAAUGCCCGUAUGGUGGCUGUCAAUAACGCAGCAGCUGCUGCUUCCGGUGCGCUGUCGGUUCCGGUAUCAUCUUCCUUUGGAGCCUCAUCUGCCACAAAUCCUUCCGCCUCAUCAGCAUCGUCAUCAUUAUCAUCAUCAUCAUCAUUUAAUACCACCUCCACAUCUGCAAGUAACUUGACUAAUCCCAUUAAUGCUUCAAGCACAUCGUCGUCAUCAUCAUCAUUAUCAUCUACAUUAAUCAACAGCGGAGCUCGGACUCCGCUGCUCAACAUCUCUGCGUCACCAUCACGCGCUUCUUCUGCAUCACCGACUUCCUCUGUUUUACGCAAUACAAAACCAAAACGUCUGGAAAUCUCCAAGCCGCUAAUAUCGAAAAGCAUCUCCUCCCCGCCCAACAGACUUAUUCACCUGCUUGCUUUGGGUCCCUUAUCCUUUGAAACCUUAAUACAAAAAACCAAAAUUUCCCAGCCCGAGCUGGAAAAUCUUUUGAAACAAUACGCACAUAAUGAUUCAGCUGCUUCUGCUGCUAUAGAUGACGGAUCUUCGCCAACAGCAACUUCCACCGACAUUUAUUCAUUACAAGACUCAACAUGCAAGGACCUGCGUGUUUGGGAAUGGAAGCACUACACUCCAGCACAACGGGAACAGGUCAUUCGUAAUACCACAGCGGCAUACGAUCGACUAGGACUUCCUGCCGAUCAUCCAUGUCGACAAAAACUCAUUGACCCUAAAAUUAGACACGCUGAAAAGGCUGCUGCAGACGCGGCACUUGAAGCUAAAUACAGGGCUGAGGAUGCUGCCAAUGCUGCCGAGCGCAAAGCUGCUGAGCAAGCAGAAAUUGAACGCGUUGAGGCAGAAAUGGCGGCCCAAAAAGAGGAGCGCGCUGCAGCCGCAGCUGCGCGCAAUAAGCACCUCAAAGCCGGUAUCAAUGGCACAACAGCUGUUCAUAGCACCACUGGGCUUGGAAUCUCUGGUGUGUCGCCAUCAAUGUUGCAAAAGACAGUCAAAAAUACGACUAAACGGACUGCUGCACGGACCUUCUCUUCAUCCUCAUCCUCACAUCUUGACUCGACAUCCCCCCCAAGUGCAUCGGGUAGUCCUUUAGAUUUGAAUAAUGGUAGCGGUGGUGGUAGUAGCAAUAAUAAUAGUAACAACUUGCGCCCCCCAUCACCAUCCCACCUCCACCGAAAGGGUGUGUUGUCAUCGUCAGUAGUCUCAACCCCUGUAUCUUCGCCAGCACUAUUAGCAGUCGGUACCACUAGUGCGCCUUCUGCAUCUACCACGCCACUAGCUAACUCAAAGGCCCAGCGAAAUAAGAGCAUAUCUCCUGUAAAUACAGACAGUGAUGACUCUGUUUCAGCACGCCCGGCUACCAACACAUCUUCAUCGGCUAUUACAUCUGGUUCGCGCAAGCGCCGAGCAGCUCAAGAAGCUGCUGCUGCUGCGGCGGCAGCAGCAGCAGCAGCCACAGCCACAGCCAUAGCAACAUCUACCUCUACCUCUAUAACAACCAAACAACUAAUCCCCACAUCUUACGAAAUUAAUGCUAACAACUCCACCGAUACCCCUGAUACUCCUGAUAACAUCACUAAUACUAAUAAUGAAAAUGAUGAGUACCCGCGCAAACGACAAGCGCUGGGAGCCGGCAGUGUUCCCGCGCGGACGAAGCAACAACCUGCAAUACAUUCUGUGGAGGUUUCUAAAAGCGCUGAUGACGGCUUGUUUUCUAUGGCGGCACGAUUCCGGCGGCUAUAUGCUCAAUAUGAAGGUCUUUACAGGCAAUUGGAAAAGCAAGGCUACAUUCCCAGCGUUAAUAGUGUAAGCACUCUCAGAAAGUCUGAAGUCAAUGCGCGUGACUUGAAGCGGCUGCUACAACUGCAUAAGGAUCUGAAUACUCUCAAACAACGGCUUUGGUCAACGCAACCGCCAAAAGGCCUUACAAAGUCUACCACUAUUAGCAAAAUGAUGAUGAAUGGAUCAACAGGCGCCAAGUUUACAAACCUUUCUAAUGGCCAGAACAACACUAAUAAAAUCAAGGUCAAUAGUAAUGGUGCUAUUAAGAAGCUAACCAAUGCCCUGAAACGUGGCAACGAUGUUACUACUGUGGGUGCUCGGUCGUCUCCUCGAUCACCAGUAAUGUCUUCACUUUCUCCACCACGGUCACCUGCUAGAGCAAUUUCAGUAUCUCCGCCGCGUGGGGCCAAUGAACACCAACAGCAACCACAGCAUCACGGAUCUACCAAAUCAAAUGCAAAUAACGGAACAGGGAGCAGCAACAAUGCGGGCUCUCAGGUUAUGCGCAAAAAACCGAUUCGACGUAACAAUAGUGUGUCCAAUGGUAAUGUUUUCCGCGAUGACGUACGGGGAUCAGCGCAGCAAGGGUCUCAGUACCAUCAGCAACAGUCAUCUUCAAACACACGCGAUCGGCGUACAAGCAUGUACGGGCAUAACGGUAAUAACAAUGGUGGAGUUAUAAGAGAAGGCCGAGAUAUGGGGCCUUCUGUAAAUGACAUUAAUGGCAAUUUUUCUUCAUCUUCGUCUCUUUCUUCCAACUCUACAAAUGGGAAUGGAGGAAUGCGAAGAUCACGGCCGAGUUUUAUGGGAUCGCUUGGGAAUCCUGGAAGUAAUGGGACUACAACAUCAUCUUCACGAACUGGACCUGGAAAUGGAGGUGGUAGUAAUAGCAGCAAUUCGGGUCGUGGUGUAGGAGUGAGGACGAACCGAGUUGGAGCUGGAAGCUCACAUCGUGGUGGAAAUUAG